GGGACAUGGGGUUUGAGAUAGGUGAGGGUGAAGAUAAACACAUUGUCAUGUUAGAUAAGAUGAUGUGCACUUGCAGAGCAUGGGAAUUGACUGGCAUACCUUGCUUACAUGCUUUGUGUGCUUUAUUUUACAAGAAGGUGGAUGCCAUGACAUAUAUAUCUAGGUGGUAUCAUAUAAGAAACUUAUGUGGCAGCAUAUCAGCACCCUUUGCAACCUGUUCCCGGAAAGGCCUUCAUGAGAGUGGAAGAAUAUGAAGCUAUUUUACCUCCCUCAGUGCCAAACUUACCUGAUAGAUCAAAGAAAAACAGGGUUAGAGCCUCAAAUGAGGGCAAAGGUGUGGGAAGUGGUGCAAAAGGUGUUGAUAGUACAUCUCAUAGAGCAUCAAGAAAAUGCCAAGUCCAAACCUGUGGGAUAUGUCAUGUAGAUCGAGCCAAAUGUCCAAAUAAAGAUCGAGCUGCAUCUACUGAAACAAGAGAAGGUGUUACACCUGGUAUUGGGAAGAGGCCUGCUUCAGUUGUUUUUUCGCCAGAUCCUAGCACUACACAAAUGCCACAAGGACCACUUCCAAAGCCAAAUACAGUAAGGACUCAUGGUAAGUCAAAAUUGCCUUGUAGAAGAAUUGGCAAGAGAAAAGGUAAACAACCAGUCAAAGGGUUUGGCUGCUAUGUUGAUGUCAACAAUGGUGAAAACACUAUAAAUCAUGGGAUGGACAGUGAACAAGUGGUUUCUCAUCUGCAAAAUGAAGUGGCACAUGAUCCUGAUGUUAAUGUCAGGUUUGCUAUUCCAAAUGAGAAGGAAAUCAGAUGUGCUGCUAGAGUUCAAAAGGAGAUAGAUGUCCCAGCAUAUAGGACAAUAUCUUUCAAGGGUGAUGGAGCUCAAGGAAUAAAACCAACUAACCUUCCCUUUGAAGCACCCGGUUUGCAAUGGAAGGGGAAGAAAACCAUCAGCUCCACACAUUUGUUAAACAAGAUGCAAAGGAGGAGGCCUUCUUCAAUCCAGACUGAUCUGCCCGACCCCACAGUUUAAGAGUUGACUUGGAUGUUGUAUUCAACCCAUUUUUUGGAUGUUAUUAAAGUUGUCAGUUUUUUGGUUUAGUAGGCGACAACAUUGACUCUUACUGUGAAGUUUUUGUUCUCGUGCCUACAUGGCCAAGUUCAAUGGUUUUUUAGAUUUUGUAAACUCAUUACUAAAUGGUAAUAUGGCC